GGAGUCGGUGAACGGCUCGAGGGCCGAGGUCGGACCGGACGUCGCCUCCAAACUGAGCAGUUUGUUCGCCGGACUUCCUAGUUUGGCGGGUCCCCAACGCCUCGCCAGUUCCCUCAGGCAGAAAUUCGCCAAUAACUCCGGUUACCCCCGGCCCGGCCUGAUGCGCGCCGCCCCAAUCGCGACGAUUCCUUCGUCACGAUCACUCCCAAGGUCGCAUCAAGUGAUCGCGUGAUUUAGUCCCUCCCGCUAGACGCUGGAGGACGUCCCUGCUCAGUUAAAAGGAGUGAUACAUAGAUCGGCCGGCCACCAUGACGACCAUACCGAUACUCAACAUUGAGCUGAGCGAGCUCAAGGAGAUAGUGUGGGCCAAGUUGCAGGAGCCGAAGGCUCAGCGAAAGCUGGUACUGAUUAUCGUUUCGAUAGCGUUGCUGCUCGACAACAUGCUUUACAUGGUGAUAGUGCCUAUCAUACCCGAUUACCUGAAAUACGUGGGCGCGUUCGGCGACGUCGAGGAGGAGGUGAACACGACGGGGGCGCCGUCCCACCACGGCCAAGAUUCAGCCACGGGAGUGUUGUUCGCCUCGAAGGCCAUAGUACAGCUGAUGGUGAACCCGUUCUCGGGCGCGUUGAUAGACAGGAUCGGUUACGACAUACCCAUGAUGAUAGGCCUGUGCAUCAUGUUCCUGUCCACCGCGGUUUUCGCCUGCGGCCGAAGCUACGGGGUCCUCUUCUUCGCGAGAAGCCUGCAGGGAGUCGGCUCAGCGUUCGCCGACACCAGCGGCCUGGCGAUGAUCGCAGACCGUUACACGGAGGAGGCGGAACGAUCGAAGGCCCUGGGGAUCGCCCUGGCGUUCAUCAGUUUCGGCUGCCUGGUGGCGCCACCGUUCGGCGGCGCCCUCUACCAAUUCGCGGGCAAAGAGGUCCCCUUCCUGAUCCUCGCCUUCAUCAGCCUGGCCGACGGCGUGAUGCUGCUCCUGGUGAUGAAGCCGGUCAAGGAGCAAGUGAAGCAGAGGCAAGGGGAGAUGCGCCAGACGAUACCGAUCUGGCGGCUGCUCAUGGACCCGUACAUAGCCGUGUGCGCGGGCGCUCUGAUGAUGUCGAACGUCGCGUUGGCCUUCCUCGAGCCUACCAUCUCCCUGUGGAUGGAGGAUAACAUAACCCGGGACAAUUGGAAAAUGGGGAUGAUCUGGUUACCGGCCUUCUUCCCCCACGUGUUCGGGGUGAUGAUCACCGUGAAGAUGGCCAAGCAGUAUCCCCAGCAGCAGUGGCUGAUGGCCGCAUCGGGCCUAGCUUUGGAGGGCAUGUGCUGCUUCAUAAUACCGUUCUGCAGCAGCUACGGCGCCCUCAUGAUCCCGUUGUGCGGCAUCUGUUUCGGGAUAGCGUUGAUCGACACGGCUCUGCUCCCCACUCUCGGCUACCUGGUCGACGUGAGAUACGUCUCGGUCUACGGGAGCAUAUACGCCAUAGCCGACAUCUCGUACAGCGUGGCGUACGCCGUGGGGCCUAUCAUAGCCGGUGGCGUCGUCGAGGCGAUCGGUUUCACGGCUCUCAACAUCGGCAUAGCCUUCUCCAACCUCCUCUACGCCCCCGUGCUCAUGUACUUGAGGCACAUCUACGACUUCAAGCCGUUCCAGGACGAGGCCGACGUCCUGAUGCAAAACCCGCCCGACAAGGAGUACCAGACGUACGUGUUGCAGGAGCAGAGGCCCCUCUCGGGCGAGGUGGGCAACCAUUUGAGCCAGACGCGUAUGGAGACGAACGUCGACCAAGCUUACGAUCAGAAUUACCAAGCCGGCCAGAAUUACGAUCAGAGCGGCUACGGGCAGAACAUCAACGCGGCGGGAUAUACUCAGCCCUCCACAGGCUACGAGCAACCGCCUAUGUACGAGCAACAACCGGCCAAUUACAUGGGCCAACAGCCCGUGGCGUACUCCCAGCAGAGACCGUACUCCCAGCAAGAGGCUGGAGGUCAAGUAGACGUGAAUCCAUUCAGGAGGCCCGGCAAUGUCGAUCAGAAGCCCUCUGGCGAUAGCAAUCCGUUCAGGCAAGGGAUGUAUUAACGCGAUUCGUGAUUGGAUUCGUCAUCGGAUUAUGCACGCCAUCGAAUAUCGCGAAAUAGUCUUCGAGAUAGGCUUCCACUUGUCAAGAAUAUUAUUAUCCCUCGCAUUAGGUAUCGACGAUUCUCUCUCUGUCUAUCUAUCUAUCUCUAUCUCGAGAAUUUUACGAAAGAAACGAGUUGUUCCCUUUCUGUGAUUUUCAUCCUCGGUCGUCCUCCUGUUAUCGACUAUUUCCAGAACGGUUACUUCGAUAUUCAACAACGAAGUGACCGUUCUUGGUGAUUGGUAUCGUUAAAGAUUAAAAAUACCGGUUGAUUAAUCCUUUUGAAUGAAUUAUCUCGUAUCUUUCUUUCCAAUUAUUACGAUCGAUGAAUCAUGCGAAAAUUGUUAAAAAUUAAUAUCUCUUUUAUUUAUUUAUUUACUUUCUUUCUGAAGAGAGACGAAUGCGAUAAAACGCAAUUAGAGAAUUUCUCAAACACUUUCGAAAAGAAUCAGAUCAAAUGGAUAGCUGUCGGAGAAAUAUCGAGGAUAUUAUAAAUCGUCAUCUGUGAUUGGAAAACGUAAAGUAUUGACGCAUAUAGGAGCGUGACAUUUCGAUGAGACGAAACGAAAGAGAAACAAUAGGAUAUACGUCAUCGAUAAAUGUCAAGGAUCGAAUUUAAGAAGAAUAAGAAUAAGAAGAAGAAGAAGAAGAAAAAGGACACACAAUCGCAACGGAGGCUUCUCCUCAGCAAGGGCCCUCGUAUUUGCGCGUUUGCCACCAAGAUCGGCAAAGUCGUUUAGUUUUUAUUCGUUUUUUCGUUCGUGUUUCAAUUGCUGAAAACGGAAGCAAGCAUAUCACUAAUUAAGGCGACAAAUUAGCAGGCUUUCACGUAGGUAAUUGUAUAGAUGACAUGUGUAUAUAAGGGGGGAGCCUCUCCCCUUAAUGCGUGAUGUAUGUUGAUACUGUUGAGAAUUAAUUAAUAUCCCAUAAUCGUCACAUCUCCGUGUUAUCACGUUCGACGUUUUCGAAUUUCAAUUCUUUAUUACGAAUUGUUUGUCACUCCGAGUCGACGAUAGUUUUUGAUACCGUCGAUCUCAGGGAAAGGGGCAAGGAAUUUUCUUUUUUCCAUUGAUUUGAAUCGUUGUAAAGGGUCAGAAAUUUUAUACAGUUUGAUAUUUAUAAUUUUUAAUACGGAAUAUCGAACACGUAUUUAGGAUGCUUAGUUAGUUAGCUCGGUUUAGAAUUUUUUUCAUCUCGAUCUUUGUCCUCAUUGAUAAAUGACAAAGUGAUUCGUUCCGUUCGAAUCUCGUUCGUUCGAUUCGACUUGAUCGUGCAAUAUUUAGCUGAUUAUUACGUAGCCCUAACAUUCCUAUUAUCUAUUAUGUACAUACAUAUAUGCAUAUUUAACUAUUUAAAUACCAUGCGUCAGAGAUUCGCACGUAAAGCUUCACGAGUCCUUCGAAAUUGUUCUCUCGAGGCGUGCAAAGUUAUACCUCCCGUUAAACCUGUUGAUAUAUCGAUUAUACGGUCAAUCAAUCGACCUAUUUACCAAUAUUAUAUUUACAUUUAUUUCUUCGAUCCAAGUUUAAUAUUCGCGCGAUAUUUUUGAUUUCCUUUUUCGAACAAUCGUCUCGCGUAAGAUCGUAAAUUAAAAGAAGAAAAAAGAAGAAACUUAAGAGGCUCGUUAAAUUUUACGCUCGUGUCCAAAUCGCAUUUUCGUACCUACUCGUCAAUACUCAGAGAUGCCGCGAGCGUUAAACGUCGUCGGCGCGCGAUUCGAUAAAAAUCGGACGAUUUCCGGAACGGUAUACGUGGCGAACGAUCAGCUUUCGAAAUUGGUUCAAAGCCAGUUCGAUGCGCAGCAAUUAGUGCAUUUUCAGCUUGGAAUAAUUAGAUGCAAAGAGAAAAGAGGAUUGGAUUCGUUCGCCGCAUCCUUCGAAAUCGUUCGAGAUGAGUGCUUUGAGUUCACAGUGCCUGAACUUUCGAGUUUUUACCCCUCCUUCCUUCCCUUCUCCUUCCCCUCGUUCUCGUGAAAAUUCGUAAAAAAUUCGUCCCCAACCUCGACGAAUGGUGUAUACACUCGAGUGAAAGCAGCGUGGUAGGAAUUAGGAAAUUAUUGUAUUUCUAGGGUGUAGGGUGUAUCUUUUCCCCCGUUCUUUAGACGAAAAUUUUGUCUCGAGAUACUUGUAGAUAAUUGUACACGUAUAUAAAUGUACAGAGGAUCUCGUGACGAGCGGGGGAUGCUUUUACAUUAGUUGUAAAAGUUACGUUUCGUUACGAGCGCUUUUGAAAUUGAGAUGAUUUUUCGAAGGGAAGAGCACAGGAUCCUUAACUUUUCAACUUUUUCUUCCGUUCACUUUUCAAUUAUUGCCCGCCCGUCACGACACGUCUUGUAUAUACACCGAUAGCUGGAUUGACAAUUUCGUUUCUAUGAGCUGGCCUCCAUUUAAUAAACGAUCUUUAGCAUUAAAACUACAACGUGGACGAAACGAGACGGUGAUUCCCGCAAAUUCGUGAUAUGGUUUCACACGCGAGAUGGUUUUAUUAAAGUUGCAUCGGGAAAAAAAGAAAAAAGAAAAAAAAAAAUUAAAACUUUUUCCUUUAUAACAAUAUUUUCAAUUAUCGAUCGAUUAUUCUAGAAUUUUCUACCGAUGAGUGUGUGUACAUACGUUAAACGUUGCAACUGUUUAGAUAUAUAUUAAAAGUGUAACGGGCAGAGAUUGUUGUAGCAGAAGUAUCGGAAUAUAUCACGAUAAACAUUGUCAAGCCUCUUAUGGAUAAAGAUACCUUACGUUCCAAUUAAUUGUACGCGUGAUUUUUUGACGCGAAUUUAUUUUAAACGUCACCUUAGUAGUAUUUUCGCAUAGUACAACGAAUAUUUUUCCUAUUUUUCGUAAAUGAUGUAGGUAGAAUAGGGUGUACGUAGAACGUAGAAAUUCUAAUACUUCUCUACACUGGUUCUCUGCAUAUAUAUAUAUAUAUAUAUAUAUACAAAUAUAUAUAUAUAUAAAAUAUAUUCUUUAUGUAUAAUUUAAUAUCGUACUGUAUCAUAACGACGUGUAUAAUAUUAUAUAUCGUGUUGCAAUGUAAUAUGCGUAUAAUAUUAUACAGGUGAUAUCUAAUAUAUUUAUAUUAUGCAAUCGUUCUAUACAUAUACAUAUAUGUAUAUGUAUACAUAGAAAAAAAUUUUAUUCAAUUUCGAUAAUACGAAGUGUUCGCUAUUCCUGCUUGUCAUCGAGAAAUAUUUUUUCAAUAUCUCGAAAAGAAGAUUCAAUAUUCAAUUGUUAAAUUGCAAUAAGCGUUUAAAAUAUAAACUCACAUUGGAAAAUUUGGUGCAUAAGUACGGCAUAAAGAAGUUGUUGAAUUCUUCAAUUCAAGUUCGAGAAUUCGUUCUACAAUGUUGUAUCACUGUAUUCUACACAUACACGUAAAUAAUACACGCAUAUACAUAUAUGUAUAUAUAUAUAUAUAUAUAUAUAUUUACGUACAUUAUAAACUUGCGCGGACUCGUUUCUCUCUUUCCUUUUUCUUUAUUGUAAAUACGUUACGCGCGCUGAACGUGAUAUAAAAAGAGAAAAGGAAAAAAAAAAAAGAAGAAAUUAUUACAUAUAGCGAUCUUUCCCUUUUUCCAUACGAGGGACCCGCGUAACAAUAACAUUAAAUUACGCAUCAUCUCGCCUAUGUGUAUUAUAAUGUGCGUGCGAUGGACAGCACGAAGGCGAGUGAUCUAAAUGAAAUAAAUAAACGAAAGGAGGAAAAAUAUAUAUAUAUAUAGAGAAAAAGCUCUCGUGAAGAAGCGUUUCAGGUUUUGUUCCACCACUAAAAAAAAAAAGGAAGAAAGAAAGGAAAUUAAGAGUCGCGUUGGAUUGAUGCAAAAUUAAUGGGAGUUUAAUCAUUAUUCAUCAAAUAUUUUUGCUCUUAAUUAUACAGGCUAUUGAUUGACAUUAUUCUUCCCUGAUAAAUGAAAGAGUAAUAAGAAGAAAACUUCUAUUAUCCCUGCGUCAAUCUGGUACAAUGCGUUGUACAAAUUGCGCGAUAUAUUCGCAUGAUGCGAAGAAGGACAACGCGGUUCAGGCUUAUUAAGAAUGCACGAAGGGAGAAGAAGGAUGUCGCAAUUGAAGGAUCACACCAAAUUACGCCCGCACUUCCUGCGUGCAUAUAAUACAUAAAUCGCGCACGUGCACACAUUAACGAGUACAAGUAUCCAAGUAUAUAAAAUAAAACACGAGGUAUAAAUAAGAACGAGAGGCGAAAGUUGGUGAACGCGCACUAAGGGAAAAGGAAUACGCACACACGGACGAACACGUAUGUAUGUAUGUAUGUAUAUUUCGAGGAAUCGAGCUGGUUGCGUUUAGGUUUACUUGAAAAACCUAUGAUACCUGUAACGUUGUUGAACCGGUUAUUAAAGAUGUCAUUGUUACCGAACAAUAUCACGAGUUGUGCUCUUUGACACGUCAAUGACCAUUCUCGAUUAAUUAAUUUAACGUAGCGACCGUUUCAUCACGAAUGAUUUCCUUGAUUGCGUUUGAAACGUUGUCCAUGUAAACGUUGCGGUUAAUAUUCGCAGCGAGAGCAGUUGUUGAUUGAUUGAAUAAAAAAAAAAAAAAAAAGAAUUAAUUAGAAGAA